ACACAAACGUCGGACAUACCUGUGAUCGGUCGCUUAUGAAGAUCAAGGAUUGGGAUGUGAUAUAUUUCUGUUUGGUAUUUGUGAUUUGGCUCGGUUUAUCAAACCAGUGGAAUAGACGUUGAUAACUGUGGUGUUAUUUUUAGUGCACCGGGAGUACUUUUACUUCGCUCUCAGGCGCCGACACGCGCGACAAGUUGUCUAAAAUAAACUAGCUUGCUGUUGGAGCACAUAGCGGUUGAGAUACCUGGAAAGUCUCCCGAGGAAACCAUCUAACAUGGCCUUAACAAGGGCAUGCAUCUGCCCUUUGUUGCUGAUUGCAGUGUUACAUAGUGCUCAAUCUCAAAAUAAACCACCAAAAAUUAUAAAACCAGAGGCACCACAGAGUUUUGAUCUUGGCCAGGAUGACUCACCCUUUAAUUUAUACUGCGAGGCUGAAGGGGAGCCCAAACCAAGAUACCGCUGGGAGUUCGAUGGUAAGCCUGCAGAGGGAGUAGCUUAUACUUCAGAUCCAGUCACUGGAACCUUGACUAUAACUGGUUUCACAGAGCGAGAGGAAGGACGUUACCAGUGUUUUGCUGAGAAUGAGGCAGCCCCUUCCACAAUUGUAGCUGCUAUGUCUCCAGUCAUUACACUGCGUUUAAUCAUGAUGGAAAAUCAGUGGCCAGACAGUGCUUUUAAGAAUGUGCCUGUCACAGAGGGCAGUUACCUGAAGCUUACGUGUGAUAAUCAGCCCGAAUCUGUUCCAAAAGCUCAAUAUACCUGGUACCAUGUGUCUGGAGAUGACACUAAGGGAGAUGUGAAAAAUUCUGGUCGGAUAUACACCGAUGACAAAGGUUCCCUGCAUUUUAUGUAUGUGUUGAAAGAAGACAAGAUAGAUGACCAGAGUUACAAGUGUGGCAUGUUUAACAGCAGAAUGGAUAUUAUCAAGCUUGGUAGUGAGAAGCAAUUAGAAGUGACUCCUUCCAAUCCUGUUCCACAGGUGAAAGCGACAUCGCAGUUCCACACAAAUCCUGCCAAAUUUCUGAGAACACAAGAUGCUGAACUUGAAUGUGUCUUCAGUGGCAACCCACUGCCAAGUGUCACAUGGAGUGACAAAUCUAAUAAUCUAAUUACCGAAAAUGACAAGUUUGAAUUUGUGGCUGACUCCGAUAAUCGCAAGCUAGUGAUUAAGAACCUGGUUGAGGAGGAUGAAGGCAUGUACACAUGUAAAGGAUCUAACAGUGUUGGAAGCGGCGAAACAUCCAUCUUUCUGGACGUUACUUCUGGCCCUAUCUGGAUUGAGGCACUGAGUUCCCAGACUAUCCCAGAAAAGAAGAAUGCUGUUUUUACGUGCAAGGCUAGACCAGCAAUUGGAGAAACGGAACUUAAUCCUCCUGUAUGGUUCAGAAAUGGAAACCCAAUGCCAGUUCAAAAUAGCGUAAAGUUUGAAUUCAGUGAUAAUGCAAAGGUAUUAACAGUGAUGAAUUUAAACAAGGAAACCGAUAUCAUGUGCUUCCAGUGUAAUGUUAGUAACAACGUUGGAUACGAAUUUGGUGAUGCCUGCCUCAAUGUAAUUGAACCAAUUGUCAUACUGUCAGAGCCUCAACUCAAGCAAGAAAUUACGAAAGGCGAUAUUGUCAAUUUGACUGUGACUGGCAAGACGGAUCCUGGUUUUGUUCUGAGGUAUCGAUGGCGGUUUGGCAACAACACAUAUGAGAUGUCUCCUCCUCCACAUGUUAUAUACAAUGAAACAUCAAAAUCAGCGUACAUCAACACAACUGAUCUGAGUGAUGAGGAAUAUGACAAGAUAAAUGGAACAUACUACAGAGACCUGUACCAUGCCUUUGACAGCAGCACUGUUGCCAUUGAAGUUAUUGUUACAGAGCUUCCUGUUAUAGUUCCUGCUCCAGCAGUAGCUGCAGGCAUGGAUCUGUGGUGGAUUGCCCUCAUCGUCGCACUCAUCAUCCUUAUCAUCGUCAUCGUCCUCAUCACCAUCAUCUGUAACAGGAAGCGACAGGAGGGUACCUACCCAUUGGACAAGAAAGAAAGAGCUAAUGAUAUUGACCCAGAGAAAGAACUUGCUGACAGCGGCUUCCACGACUUGUCUCGUGCCCCUGGUGACGAUGACUUCCCCAAUAAGAAGCCUGGCGGCCUGAACCCCAACUUUGACUAUAAUGAUGACAUGGACAUGGGGGAUGAUGACGAGUCACUUAUGGAGUACGAGGGAGGUGAAUUUGAUACCAAGUUUAACGAAGAUGGAUCAUUUAUUGGACAAUACACUUCCAAAAACAAAACACCAGAUGUGACACAGAGCCCAAUGCCUCUAAACCACAACGCCACUGAGUCCCAGAUUUAGUGGGUGGAGGUCUGACAUACCAUUGGAUUUUGCGGGCUUGAUAUUAAUUGUGUUGACAAAAAAAGGGCAGUUGUGUUCUUGAUACAGAUCAAACAUCAGUGUGAGUGCUAUCUUGUGAGCCCAAGAGAGGUGUAUAUGGCCAAAAAACAGCUUUUAUGAAGUAUUGGUAAAUGUGUUUAUUUUUUAAUCAAAUUACAAUUUCGCAUUGAUAAAUGAAAGACGAUAACAUUGUUUUUUUUUAUCAAUAAGCUAAUAAUUUGGAUUUAUUGAGAGUACCAGUUUGGUUGACCUUUCUUUGAAGCAGCAGGCAGCAUGAAGCAUUUAUGCAGAUACUAUAGCAAAUAGGGCAAGCUAGCCUGAUCAGUGCCUGUAGGCCCAGCAGUCCUCUAUGUGCUCCCUACGCACAUCUUGGACUGUUUUCAGCAUUCACUUUGAAGAAAAAGGAGUGAAGAUUUCUUUCCUUUUUUAUGUUUGCUAAAGAUGGACUUUCUUUUGUGAAGAGAUAUUAGGAGUGUAUUGUUAACCUCUGUAACCAUGGUUGCAGAGAUAAAAUUAAGUAUUGGCUACAGUUCUUUUUCUAGUCUCCCAGUGUACACCUGUGCUGCAAACCUAUCAGCUUGCAUCAGGACCAUAUCCUCCAAAAUAGAGUUUGAUGGUUAUUGAGAAGAUGGUUACUAAGAGAGUUAAGGGAAGAUUUAACACAGCAGGGUAAAAUAUGAUAUUCAUAACUGUAGUCAAUUUUUCUUGUGUUUAUUUCACAACAUAAAAUGUGCACAAGAAUCUUUCAUUUCCUGUGGUAUUGUCUUGCAGUAAUCAAGACAUUUUACACACCCUUAUAUCAUUCAAAGAUAGUUAUGACUACAAUACAUGAUCUCAUGUCAAAUGAAAGGUAAAACUGUUAUGUUUUCUGUGUGGGGGCAAUUUACAGAGUUGCAUCCCUUUGCAUUGAGCAUUCCCUGCUCGUGGGUUCAAAUCCCAGAUUCACCCUAAUUAUGACCCCUGGUGUGUCUGCACCAUGUCAAUGCUUACCAAAGUAAACGGUAAUGAUAUGAAUCAAUUUGGACUUACUUUCUUCACACGUUAAGCUGACAUGCCGUAAUAUAACUAAAAUACUGUUCAAAUUAGAAUUGAAUCUAAUUUGUGUGAAAUAAUACACUGUAGGUGAUGUUAUUAUAUUGUGUAAACUUUUAGCUCCAACUGAAUGUAGUAUUAACUUGAUGAGCCCCUUGUUGGAAGUUUUUGGAGUAGUACUGUUCUAGUGAAGAGAAUACCUCACUCAGUACCUGGUAAGGAGGGGAUAUUCAUAUGGUGCUCUGGUGUACUAGAUCUUCAAACAAUAAUCAGCGGAAGUAGGACAGAUUACUUGCAUGGAAUCAUCACAUUACAUGUUUAACGAAAAUUUAACCUCUUUAAAGAAAUGAAAUGUUGAUUUCGAAACCAUAAAAGCUAUUUUUGUGGGAACAAAGUAUAUUUUUAUAUCAUCUGUAUAUUUGUGCAGUUCGGGGCAUUACACAUGGGUAUGUUGAUUGGCAAUGUAAUCUGAACAUUCCCGAUAGUCCACAAAGAUCUUUCGUUGGAUUUGUUAAAUUUUGUGAGAUUUCGAGUUAUCAGUAUUCCAGUUUGACUUGUUUAAAGAGUUCCCAUUCCACUCAAAGAUGCUGGGUUUUUUUUAGAUUUUGUUUGUGUCACUUCAAUACUAUACAUUUAUGUCCUGAGUGUUGACACCUCAUGGUUGUGUCAGGUGAACAUGUUGUAUACAAAUGUGUCUACAUAUGGUCAGUGACUGAAUGGUGUCAAGUUCCACCAUACAUCACGGAGUGUACUAAGCAUGUUUUAAUAUAUAUCAUUCCAACAUGCCGCAUUCUUGAACAAAUGCGCUUUGAAAUAUGUCCAUUUAUCAUUUGAGUUGAUUGAUGUGGAUGUGGCAGUGUAAUGGACGAAAAGUGCACUUACGUUGACUCAAACCAUCUGUUGUAGUCAUCCAAGCAAUCUAUGCCAAUUAUCGGUCAAAAUUUGUUAAAAUCAUGUCGAGAGUUUCCUUUGCUUUUGUAAAAACAAUAAGAAUGUUCAAAUUUUAUAUGCUUUGGAAUUUGCCUGUUAUGUCAUUCUUAUCUCAUAGCUAACAUUGUUUUGGUGGCAGAGGUUUGUGGUCACCAGUCUGACUGCGACGAUAUUAUUUAGAUAAUAAUGAUGUAUGAGUAGUUCAUUCCUUAACUUUGUUUAAUUUGUGUUGCAUUAGAGUUGAUAUGUACCUUUCAUACUAAAUUACUGUUCCAGUAAAAUUUAUGCUCACAUAAGUUGUGUUUCUGUGUAUUUCUUUUGUAUAAAUUCAGGUUGUUAUGGUAGUUCCUCACUAGCCAUAUAUGUUUUAUGCAAAAUUAUUUCAUUUGAUGUCUUUAAUGAUUUUAUGAUAUUGUGUAUGCGUCUUGUAUUGGUUGGUGUAUGUAGAGGACAACCAAAUGCUUGAGUUGUUGUCAUAUUGUUUACAUGUUUAGUCACUUUUAAGUGAAUUUUAUAUGACAUGUUGUUUUAUAUGAACUGCCAUCCUGGUUAACUGUAUACCCUCCGUGUAUAUAAAAAGUUAUUUAUUUUAUACUUCCUUACACGUGCGAAAGGUGUUAGCCGGUGGGAUGGCAAAAUCAUUUUUUACUUGUACAUUAAUACCAUGUUAACCAUUGUGUAUCCUGCAUCGUGCAAUGUCACUUUCAUUUUUCCUGUGUAGACGACUCACGUUUAUUGUACAUUACAUCAAGUAAGACAUAGCAAUCAUAUCGCAGUUACAUUCCAAUGAAUUCCAGUGUGAAACUUCAAAAUAUGGUUAUUGUUAAAUCAUUAAGUUUAUCAAAUUGGGUUAUUAUUAAUAUAUUUUGUGUCAAAAUGUCAAUAUUUGAAAACAUUUUUUUUUUAAAUGAAGGAAUUUAUGUAACAACCAUAUUGAAUGUAAUUGCUGUAAUUUUCCUCUGUUAUGUGUUGCUGCAAUCUUAGCGGUAGGCUGGUAGCCUGGUAGCCAGCAGUUGACUCAGCAUUUAGCCUGGCCAGCUUGCUUGUAGUGUGUUGAGCUGCUCCCUAGGCCUGCUCUCAGCUUGUUUACAAGGUGCAGUAUCUAUAACCAGCAUCACAGGUGCACUACUACCAGUUGUCUGGUCACCAAUGAUACCAUUUCAAUAAAUAUUACAUGCAUUGCUGCAUGCUAGUAUGUCAGAAUGUUCAAAAAUUGAAAUUGAUAUCUUUGUUUAAUUUAAUAAGAAAAUGGACAAAGAAUAUGAACAAUUGAAGGUAUGUCUGUAAAGUUUUUUAUUUCAGAUGCUAAGUUUGACAUCUUGUGGAGACGUUAUGAUUCCUUGAACCUGCCAUCUUUCUCAUUGGUCCUCUUGGCAGCUACAAUGUCUUUGCCCUGUGUAUAUCCUGGUUGUGUAUAUAUUGAUCUGUACAUAGACUGCGUAUAACUUGUAGAUGAAACGCUUGCCAUUGACCUAUCAACAUCAUACUUCCGGAGGGACCUUUCCACGUAAUUGUUAAACUGUUUUUUUUUUAUAAACAUGGUCUCAUUCCUUAGCAAUAAAGCUUUGAAUGAUG